AUGUCUGAGGUUAAUGAUGAAGUUAAUAAUGAUAAAGUUGAUAAUGAGAACUCCUCCUCCCAACUCCUCGAAAUAAUGCCGCCGAGAAGUAAUGACAAAGUUGAAGGUCAAGAGCAAGAAGACGAAGAAAAUCCGACGGUAAUGUUUUCGGAGAGUGUUGAAAAAACGUCUGAGUCUGGGGCUUUAAAAGAAAUUACCGUGGAUGAGGUUACCCCAGAAAAAGUACCAUCCGUUAAUUUAAUUCAUGGUAAUGACUCGGAUAAUUCCGUGAAACAAUACGUUGAAGGUUUAGCUUCAGAAGAAGACGAAAAAGAAAAGUCGAAUAAUCCCUUAAAAGGGUCAGAUUUAAAUCCUAACAAAAGUAAAAGUAGGCAUAAACAAUUCAAAUGCUGUCCUGAGGGUUUCUGCGAGCUUGUGGCGCGCCGCAAGCACCGGACCGAUAAAUUAUUGGAGCGACAGGCCGAAAUAAGCACCAGGUUAGCGACUUUGGAGACAUGGCUGCCGAUGGUAACUGUGAACAAAAUAAUGCAGAGCGACUGCGACCCGCAGAAUGUCAUUAAAUACAUCGAGGAGCAGGCGGCGAUAAUGUCGGCGGUGACGAACCAAUCGACGUCGAGGCACGAAGCCCAAGAGAUUGGUGGCCUGGAAGCCGAGCGGAAGGAAGCGCUCAGGAGACACGAGGAGGCACGUACAGUGUUGCACGAAAAGCAAUUACAAUUGAAGAAACUUAAUGAACAAAUUGAGGAUGCCAAGCGGAAACAGGAGGAAUUGCAGCGCAAGAUUUAUGACGCUGAAAGAAAUAACGAGGAAAGAAAUGCGGAUCAGCUUGAGGAUGAUGAAAGUCUGUCGGAAUAUUCCUUUGGGCCGGAAGAUUUGGCGAACAUCACCAGGUUGGAGGAGCUGAUAGUCGGGGAGCACAAGGUUAAAAAGGAACUGAAGGAAUUGGAAAGAAGGGAGGCUGCGUAUGUUGAGAUUCUGAAGAAAAGCCAAUUUUGGAAAGCUAAAAAGGCUUCAGGAGGUGAAGGUACCUUCACCUGUUUGGAUGGAAAUGGGAGGAAGGUUGAUGGAGAAGUUGAUAAAUUACGUGGUCAAUUGGCAGCCAAGUCAGCGGCGAAUCAACAGCUUGCUGAUAGGAUUUGUCAAUUGGAAGACCAGAUUGAGAGUCUCGAGAGCAAAUUACGUAAUUGCAAUAAGAUUAUUGAAUUUAGAGAACAGAGGCUGGAUGAGGAGGAGAGAGUUGGUAGUGCCAAAUUGAGGGGUAAAAUGAAAACAACUAAUGGGACGGGUGACAGUGAAAUAAGUGUCAGAGAUAAGGCGACGCUUGCUAAAGUUACAACAACAGAUAGAUCUUCUGGCUCGGGGAGCAGGAGAAAGGUACGAUCAACUUCUGACGGGAAAGUCACUGAAGAAAAAUCAGUAAAUGCGGUUAUUGGUACAAGCUCGAAGAAUACUCACACUAGGAUAGAAGUUACUGAUCGAGCUGUUCAGGAUCCUAUUCCGGGGGAUUCGAGUAGGGACAUUAGCGGUGAAAAAUCAUCCACAAAUGAAAAAAUUCAGUCUAUUCAGGAUACUCGCUCUUCUUACACGUCUUCUGAGAAUAAGGAUGGUAAAUUACAAGGGAAUCUCAAGGGUGAGACUGGGGAGGAAACGGUUGAACGUAUUACUACAUUUGAUGAAGCACAAAUAUCCGGAAAGACAUUAUUAUCUGGAACAGACAAUGAAUCAUCACGGGUUGUAGUAGACAGUUCAGCUUGGAACAACGAUAAAACUUUAAGAGAUAAUGGUCCUGGCUUAGAUGAUAAUCGUCCCGGAGAAAUGGAUACUGGAAGAGGUAAACGUCUCUCAGCUCAGUCCUCCAGCAAUGAAAAAUUAGAUCGAGAAGCUAAAGUACUAUUUGGUAAUCCAGAAUCUUUAUUGGACGACAGUACUGCCAGUAAAAUCGCUCACUUGAAUUUAUCGACUAUUCCCCAAUUGGAGGAUCAUAAUACCCGCAGUAUCAAUGAUCAGUCUACUCAGUAUGAGAUGGAGCUGCCUUUUGGACCCGAAAACGCUGAGAUUGAGAACAGCCGUGGAAUAAAUCCUGAUGUUUCUGGUGAGCGUCAUUCAAUUAAUGAACUGGCUCUUGAUCAAUCUUCCCAACGGGAAUUUCGGGCUGCUUCUGGUGAUAAAUCAUUUGUGUCGAUGAAAUCGAGGUUGAGCAGGGAAGAAACCAAUUAUGAUAUCUCUGGAAUUCCUGAUGAUACCUUGGAUCAGAGUCUUGAUCAAUCAAAACACAGCUCAGCGAGGUUUGAAGGUGAGAAAAGCAAAGGUACUUCUAAACAAAGUCGCAACCAAUCUAAGCACAAUUCAGUGAAAUUUGAAGAAACUCAUAAAAGCGACGGACAAUCUUUUAAAUCGAUGAAAUCAGAAUUGAGCAAAGAGUUGACAAAUUACGAAUUUUCUGACGUUGAAGAUGAUCAACUCCCUGAAGCUAUUAGUACAAGCAAAGCGCAAUCUUCUGCAAAAUCAUUUGUAUCACUGAAAUCCCAAUUGUCCAAAGAAGAAACGGAUUACGGGGUAGAUCAAGCAGCCUCGGGGCAAGAACCAGCAACGAUUUCUGUUAAACGAAACGAACUGGAAUCAUGGUUAAAGAGUCUUUAUUCUACGCACUCAAAAUGCAGAGAAUGUGAUAUUAAAAAGCCCGAAGUUAUUGAAAUUAUAGAGGCAAUACAGCGGCAUUUAGAGAUUGGAUCGUUGAGUGAAGUGACCAAGACAGGGGAUCAGUCCCAUCAAAUUCAAAUGCGGAGUGUUAAUUAUGAUCCAAAUCAAGAUUUAAUAACAGACGGGAAGAGGUCUUUGAUUAAAAAACGAGGCACAAAACCACGGAAUCUUGAGUUGAGGCAAAGUAUUGGAGAAGAAGAAGAAAUGAUGAUGAUUAAAGAGCAUAUUGGGCUGCCAUCAGGAACGUCUACGCCGAUUGACAAAGAAUCUACACAAACAGCAGAGCUUCGGGAGGAUAAUUACGGUAUCGAUCCGGCUAGGUCAAUCCAGUAUUCUGGUUCCUAUCGGCAGGCGUCUUCAGAUGUUGGGGGCGAAGAUAGAGAAGCAAUACGCUCAGAAUCAAUUAACAGUAAAUCAAUAGGCUCAAAGGUAAAUACGCCUGGUGGAAAUAAUGUUUCGAGCGGUAUACAAGUACAAUUUAGUCCUAAGGCGGAUGAUAGAGAUAAACUGAGUGAGAGAGAUUUUAUAAGGACAGCUGAUACAAUUACUAGCUUGACAAUGGACAAAGUUUAUGGAGAUAGACGUGAUGUAGGUACUUUGGUAACACCCCCACUUGUAGAUGAAUCGCAAUCAGACCAUCCAGAUGCUUCAUUAUUACUGAACGAGAAUAGUCAGCGGCAGAAGCAACAGAAUCGAGAUGAAACCAACAACUCAGGCGCAGCUUCUAUUGUACUGCUAUCAAAUGUGGAUAUUAUAUCCGUGGAUCUAGAUACUGCUACUACUACAACAACUACUUCUUCUGGUGGUAAUACUGCUACGGCAAGCACCAGUACAAGCAAUUUAUCUGCAAGAGGCGAAGGUAAACCUAAAUUUAAAGGGCAUCACAAGGUUUUAGCGGCGAAUCCAACGCCUCAGGGAGAAAAUUUUAAAGAACUUGAUAGAAACACGGGAUCUUAUGCUAGCAAAACGAAUUCUUCAGAAUCCGCAAGAGCUUUAAGCUUGAGGAUGGGCGACGUCGACCGUAAAAUUGACGAAACUUCACCGAGAGGUAGAGCUAGAGGGAAGAUAAAGGAGCAAAGGAUAAAAUCUUUGGAAGAUAAACCGAGAAAAGAGAAGAAAAUUUAUCGGAAUGAAGAAACAAGUAUGAACGAAUUUGAUGGAUUAAGUGAUACCGAUGGGGAUAGGAGGAAAUUUAUAAAAAAACCAUCGGACAGACGACCAAUCACUGCCGGACAGACUCACGCUCUUGACAGAAGAUUGUCAUCAGACAGCCUCAAACCCUGCUGCAUUUGUCACCAGGUCCGACAAGGCGAAAAGCUGACGAUGAGUCAAUACGAGGAAUUAGUGGCGAGAGCGGGUCAGGGGGCAAGUCGUGUUUGCUUAAUAGAGUCAACAUCGGAAUUCACUGAUCAGCAAACACAGCCAAGCCAUAAAACUAAGCCCUCAAAAUCCAGCCGAAGAAAACCAGAGACUGGCAACACCUCUAUCAAACUUAAACGCCCGAAGCCACCCAAGGGUUAUCCGGACUUUAGCUGUGAAGUAUGCGACUGUGAUCCGUGUGGUACUGGCAACAAUAAAUCACAGUCUGGGCCGAGUAGCCCGAGGUCAGACGAAGACGGGACCAGGUCCAGACCUCGGUCUCAAGCGAACAGCGGUCGCUUCAAGAGGUGA